AGUGCAAUCUACACACUCAUUAUAAUUAUAUCAUUUCUUUACAAUAUUAUUAUAACAUUCUGUUGUCAAAUUCGUUCAUUCAUCGACAUAUUAUUAUAGUUUCAUCCAGUGGUCGCGAACAGUCACAAAGCAGCAGCAACAGCAGCAGCAGCAACUCGACAAAGCUUCAUUUAUCGACCGAAUAGUUGGUUUUACCAUUGCUAACUUAAAGAGAAUAGAAGUCACUGUUAUAAUUAAUAAUGACUAGCCGCAGUAUACGUAAUCAACAUCGAAAUUAAUUAAAAUAUAUCGAUAUCAAUAAAUUGUCGUCGUCGUUAUAUAUUUUACUCGUAAACAUAUUUAAGUCUAAAAUCUGUUCAGUCGUCGACAACCACUCACAUCCGACGGACGACCGCUAUAUCUGUACAGCGGUCAGGUUAUAAAUACAUAUACCGGAAACCGGGACAACUGGACGAGAAAAGCAGCACCAGCGACCGUGACAAUUGCGGCCAACAAAAGAAAAUCGCAGCGUUUCUGCUGCAACACCGUUAGCAGUAGCACACUCCAAAAUCACCAUCACCACUACUUGCAGCCCCAGCUGCUAAAGCUUUCGCAGUAUGAAACACAUCUUAAGUUCGAAGAGCCGUGGCGUAGCCAACAACAACGGCAACGAUGGCGACGGCAACGUCGGAACUCAAGGGUGGCGUCAUGACAAGGGUGAAAAAAAGCAGCUGCCAUACGACCCAUUCCAAAUGCGUGACAGCUCCAACACAACCACCGCGACCGGUGCCUUACUACAUCUGAUAAAGAGUAGUCUCGGUUCCGGCGUCCUUGCCAUGCCGAACGCGUUCAAAAAUGGCGGGCUCAUUUUUGGUCUGUUCGGAACGGCUGCUAUCGGAGCACUGUGCGCGCACUGCAUCUACCUUUUGGUGCUGUGCUCACAAACACUAGCUCGUCGUACACGUCGCCCGGCCCUCGGGUUCGCCGACACUGCGUAUUUGGCAUUUAAGACCGGUCCGCGCCGAAUUCGCGCCUGGGCUUCAUUCGCAAAAGGGUUUGUUAACGCUGCAUUGUUUUGCACGUAUUAUUUCGGUAACUGCGUUUACGUCAUACUCAUCUCGGCGUCAUUCAAACAGGUUGCAGACAACCAUACGCCUGAAGAGUGGCAUUUCUCCAUCCGUACUUGGAUCUUGGGUCUCGCCUUACCGAUUCUUCCUCUCGGCAUCAUUCGUACACUCCGAGUGUUGGUCCCCUUUUCGGCCGUAGCGACAACAUUCAUACUAGUCGGCUUGGGUUGCUCCAUGGUGUGGGUGGUUGUCGGUGUCAGUCCAUUUUCUAGUAAGGAAGCUGUGCUUGCAGCCGUGCCGCUACCAGAUAUGGCGUCUCGCCCAUGGGUUGGCACAAUUGCGCACAUGCCACUGUUCUUUGCUACCGUUGUCUUUGCCAUGGAGGGUAUCGGCACUGUUCUACCGAUUGAGAAUUCAAUGCGUCAUCCAGAGCAUUUUCUCCGGGCCCGCCCGUGCGGAGUGUUGAAUGCUGCCAUGACUCUAGUCGUAUUUUUAUAUUCGAUAGCUGGCUUCCUCGGAUACUUGCGUUUCGGCAAUGACACAGAAGGUUCGAUUACGCUCAAUCUUCCUAACGAUUUAUUUGCUGAGGCAGUUAAGAUGAUGGUCACGCUGUCGAUACUCUUCUCGUACGGCUUGCAAUUUUGUGUCCCCAGUGAGAUCGUUUGGGCUCGCUUAGGGCCUUGGCUUCAUAAACGUAAAUCAGAUGCCAAAUAUUCAACUCCUACCAUAGACAAAGAGACUUCCACUGUAAGCACCAUAGUCGGUACCAUAGUAACCAUGACCACGGUUACUUCAACAGUGAACCAUACAACAAACAACGAGAAGAAACAGACUGAAGAAGAACUGGAUGAACCAGAAAAGUACAUGGAUUGGGAAUAUUAUGUCAUGCGGGCCUUAAUGAUCCUGGGAACUUUUGGUAUUGCUGCUAUCGUACCUAACCUUGCUCCCAUCAUCUCUUUAUUCGGGGCAGUGUUCUUCUCCAUCUUGGGACUAUUGUGUCCAGCUGCAAUUCAUUUGAUAGUAUUUUGGAAUCAUAACAACGAUAAUAGUGAACAUAACGAGGAUUCAGAUUCAGAAAACGAUUUAAGAUUUGACGGUGUCGAUAACUAUGCGAUGUUUGAUGACAUGAGUAUAGAAUGUGGUAGUGUAACACAAGGACAACAGCAAAAGAGGAUGAGCAGUGAUCCACUGGGUACCAGAAAGAAGGCUAUGAACAGAUUGACGGCUGCCAAAGAUGUGGCCAUCAUUUUACUCGCUUUAUUUGCCAUGGUUUCUGGGGCAUAUGCAUCUUUGGUUGAUAUAUUUCAAUCUUACAAAGUCAGUGGUGAAGUCCACUCCGUGAAUUCUACCAUCGUAAUGAUAACGACUACUAUAGGCCCAGGGCCGGAAUCAGCGUUUUUGUUGACAAAAGAAAUACAUUAAUCGAUAUGCAUAAACACCACCAAACACCGACCCAUACUUUAAAUAACACGUGGAGAGGUGUUGUAAAGUCACUUUCUCGCCACUUGAUAUAUUAUUAUGUUGGCUAUAUGAAUGUUACCAUUAUAAUUGGUUUCACUCUUAAAGUCUUCGUAUGUUCUUAAUAUACUUUGGACAUAAUUAUAGUAUCAUUAUUUUUUUCCUAAUGGUCUAUUGUCUUAAUAUAAUUGUUGUAGGUAGGUGUUGUUAUUGACUGAUGCUAUCUGUCUUAGACCUAUUUAUUUUUAUUUUUAUUUUUAUUGAAAAUGUGUUAUUUUCUUCUUUUAUUUGAUCAACUCAACGUGUUGUUCUGUACCAGCACGUUGAAAACAAAAUGUACCACAUAAUUUUAAAUAUUAUAGUAGGGACAUAUUUAUUAUUGUCAUUAUUGUUUCUAAAUUAUUAUAUUAUACUACUAUUUCACAUUUUCACUUUCAUAUGUUACUAAUUUUAUAAGACAUUUUUUAAAAAUAUAUUUUGGAUUUCAUCAGUUGUUACUUAUAAAAUAGUUGAAAUCAAUACAAAAUAUUUUUUUAAGAAAUGAUGAAAAUGUCAAAUGAUUUUACCAUUGGUAUG